GUGGAGAAGGAGAAUGCAGAGGCAGAUCCAGGAGCUACAAAAAAUGGCGCUGAGAAAUCACAUACGACUUGCAUGCUGCCCACUCCGAUGGAUAUAGGUCACAGCUUAGCAAGACGUACAUAUGCCAAGGCAACCCAGAAUGCACAUAGUAGAUGGUUGGAAUGAGCUACUACUUACAAACAUGGGCUUGGCAGGCACAUGGUCAGACUCAAUGUAGGGGUUUUUAUAGAGCCACAUUUCUUCAGGCUGGAUAACUCGCUGGAAUGGAGGCAGCAGUUCUGUGAACCUACAGAAAGCACAAACCACCGACACAGAAAGCAGAGAUGCUGCCUGGCUGCUGAGGUUUCUGCUUUUUCUCCGACGUCUGGGCAUCACUCUUUGGAUCAUCUCACUUCCGAAAUCCAUUUAGCAGAAUGGUGGGCUGGUUUGCACGCUGCUCUUGAACAGUUUAUGCUGGUAAACAACUGGCCAUAUUAGGCAUUUUCUGAACAUGCCCCACCUCUCAUCACACUGCCAUGGACUUUUCAGAAGAUACAGAAGACAGCAUCUGAUAAGACUUGCCUUAAGCCUGUCCUGAUAACAAAUAUAACCAUGAAGGGAAAGUACUUGGUCAGCUGCUCAAUAGCAGUUAUCAUGAUUCUGCUGCUGGCUGAUGUCAUUGACUCCAAAGGAUCGAGUAGCAGAUCCGGUUCCAGCCAUUCUAAAUCUCGUUCUGGCAGUUCUAGGUCCCGUUCUAGCAGUUCCAGAACUCGUUCUCGCACUUCUGGCUCUCAUUCUAGCAGUACCGGAGAAAGAAGCCAUUUAACAUCUAGCAAAUCUGAAAGGAGCUCUGGCAGAUCUGUUCAGAAAUCUACCCAUCCUGUACAAAAGGCUUUCCCCUCAAAGCACCAUCCUCCUGUUGUCCCUCAAAAUCCUGGAUAUUCUUCAUUACAUCCUAAAAAUGGAGGAGGAAGCAGCUGGGACCAACCCAAUGAAAGGCCAUGGAAGUCAAAGCCACCCCAAACCAAAUUAAAGUAUGUGGCUGGAGCUGGUGCCGCAGGUGUUGCAGUAGGAGCUGUUGGUGGCUUCCUUGUAGGUCGAGAAAUGUCCAGGAUGAAUUUUCAUUUUAGGUACCCUGAGGAGGAACGGUGGUGGCUUGAAAACCGCAAUUCGUAUCCUGAUCGGGUUUAUUUUCCAAAUUACAACAAGCAACCGGUUCCAGAGGAAGUCUUUGUGAGAGACUGUGUGAAUGUGACGGUCAGAGAGUUCACUGAGCCCAACGGGAACCAAACAACCAAUGGCACAGAAAUCAAGGUUAUGACACAAGUGGUGCAUCAAAUGUGCACCGAGGAGUAUCGUGACAGCUUCUUGAGACAGGCAGGAGGAGGCAAUUUUGGGAAGAAAUCAGAGAUGACAAAAACAAGAGGAGCAGUUAUCCCCAUUUUUGAAGGGAGACCCAACAGUGGUUAUGGCAUGGCUGUGGCUCUGCAUGUCUCCUUUUUGAUGAUGCCCUUCUUUCUGAUAAGCCUUCAUUAUUAUUGAUCAUCCUGCUGAUCACGUAUUGCACACUACCUUGAGGAUCUAUGCUUCCAUAAGCCUCUGCUUUGUUAUUGAUCUUGUGAUACCACUUAAAAUAAUAGCUAUAUCUUGGAAGUAAACAUUAUAGGAGGCCACAAUAUGAGGAUGGGGUUUGGGCAAGAGACAGGAGAGAGGAAUAGAUGAAAACGUCUUGUGAGGGGGACCUUAGCAUAAAGAUCUCUUAUACACUCAGGUCCUCUGGAGGCAGGGUAACCAGAUGUCAUAAGUGCAAAAGAGGACAAGGCACCAAAAUGUAGGACAUUGAAUAAAAUGUAGGACAUUACAAAAUAGA